AUGUCCGAGACCGUGGAAGAGUUGGUUCAACGCGCCAAGCUCGCCGAGCAAGCUGAGAGAUACGACGACAUGGCCGCUGCCAUGAAGAAGGUCACCGAACAAGGCCAAGAGCUCUCCAACGAAGAGCGUAAUUUGCUCUCCGUCGCAUACAAGAACGUCGUUGGAGCUCGUCGUUCGUCAUGGAGAGUCAUCUCCUCAAUCGAGCAAAAGACUGAGGGAUCCGAGAAGAAACAACAGCUCGCCAAGGAGUACCGCCUCAAGGUCGAGCAAGAGCUCAAUGACAUCUGCCAGGAUGUUCUCAAGCUCCUCGAUGAUUUCCUCAUAGUCAAGGCCGGAGCUGCCGAGUCCAAGGUCUUCUAUCUCAAGAUGAAGGGAGAUUACUACAGAUACCUCGCUGAGGUUGCUUCUGACGAGCGUGGAGCCGUAGUCGAGAAAUCCCAGAAGGCUUACCAGGAGGCCCUCGAUAUCGCCAAGGAAAAGAUGCAGCCAACACAUCCAAUCCGUCUCGGACUUGCUCUCAACUUCUCUGUCUUCUACUACGAGAUUUUGAACACUCCGGAACACGCUUGUCAACUCGCCAAACAAGCUUUUGAUGAUGCUAUUGCUGAGCUCGACACUCUGAACGAGGACUCGUACAAGGACUCUACCUUGAUCAUGCAACUUCUACAGUUCCGAAAGUGUGCUCUGAAUUCUGUCUUCGAAUCUCCUUCAAUUUUCAGUUAUCCUCCAACAUUUCCGACUUAUCAUAUUCACCAGUACUCCAUUCAACAUUGUGUAAUGUCAACAGGAAGAAGUAGCGGCCUUCGUACUCAUCAGAUUACCCAAGAUCUCUAUCAUCAUUCUGUUCUCGUUGUAUCAUGUUGA